AUGGAAAGUGUUACACAUACGCUGAACUACACCUUUAACCGAUUUGUAUUUCCUAUAGCGUCAGUAUCCUGGAUCAAUUACAAAUCUGAAGCACAACUUGGUGACGGAAUUUUAGCUGGAAUAGAUGAUGGUUUACCAGUAUACGUCUGUCGUGGAGCUCACGAAGGUUUAGUAAUCCCAGGAACAAUAAUAAAAAUCAAUGCAACUAACCUCGUCCAAUGCCAUAUGGCAUAUUUCAAUCAAGUAAUAGUUUCGUCGGAGUUCGAAAUGGUGAUCGGUUCGAACUUGGAAUGGAUAAAUUCAUCGUACACACUUGACAAAGCCGUUUAUGGAGGUGCUACUGCAGACAAUAAACCAUAUCUUAUUUGUCGCACUAUGAAAGAUAAUGAUCCUAAUAGGACUAGCGUUGGAAAACUCGAACCUCCACUAUACAAUACUUGUAUCGUGGCUUAUGGUGAUGUGGUAUCUGAUCACGACGAUUUCAAUAUCUUAGUCCACGCUUAA